GGGAGGAACAGGGAACGCUGAGCAAUAACAGCCACGACGGUGGACGUGAGCGUCUUUUCUCUGCGCAUGCCCCCGCAGAGCGGCCUGCUUCUAUUUAUGUGGGGGAUCCAACAUGGCGGCCGCAGCGACCCGAGCGAUGGUGGUAGAGCCGAUCAGAACAUAGUUGGGGUGGGGGAAGGGGGAACAGUUCCUUCUGGGGGGCGGCGGCGGCGGCGGCGGCGGCUGUGGCUGGUGCAGGGCAAGGAAGCAACGAAGGUAGGAAAGAAGGGCAGUCAGCGAGCCGGAGAGGCGCGCGCGGCGGGUCGGCCGAUUGGGGAGGGCCGGAGCCGUGAGGGGCUACAGUGAGGAUGGCGGAGCCGCGCAGGGUGCCGUUCAUUAGCCUGUCACCCGUGAGGCGGCGCGAGCUCGACUUCCCGGGGCCAGAGCGUGAACCCGAUUAUCCGCGGGAGCCUCCGCGCCUUGAGCCGCAACCUUAUCGUGAGUCCUCCGGACCGGAGCCGCCGGCACCGCGAGACGCCCACCCCCGGUCGGAACCUUUGCGACCGCAGCCGGAGAAGGCGCCCGCCCCACCGCGCGAGAGCAGCCGUUCUGAGCAGCAGCCCCAGUCCCGCGAGCCCCCGCGGCCCGAUCCGCCGCCGCUGCCGCCCCCCCAACUGCACCUCCCGCCUCCUCCGCCGCCCCCCGUCAGGGAAGCAGCCGUCCGGGCCGAGCCGCCGCGGCCUCUGGGGGAGACGGUGCGCCUGGAGCUGGUGCUGAAGGAUCCCACUGACGAAAGCUGCGUGGAGUUCAGUUAUCCGGAGCUGCUGCUCUGCGGAGAACAACGGAAGAAGCCCAGUCAUUCAGAAGAUCCGUUUAAUGAUGAGCAUCGAGAGAGGCAUGAGGUGGAAAUGUUGGCUAAGAAGUUGGAAGCAAAAUAUGGUGUAAAAUCUAAACACCGGAAAGAUCGGCCACAAGAUCUAAUUGACAUAGGUUUUGGGUAUGAUGAGACAGAUCCAUUCAUUGAUAACUCAGAGGCUUAUGACGAAUUGGUGCCCGCUUCUCUGACCACAAAAUAUGGAGGAUUUUAUGUCAAUACUGGUACACUUCAGUUCCGCCAGGCAUCUGACACUGAAGAUGAAGAUUUAUCAGAGAAUCAAAAACACAGGUCACCUAAAGUUUCCAAAGUAAAAGAAGAUGAUAUUGGAAUAAAAAAGAGAAAGCGGAAAGAAGAAGGGGAGAAAGAGAAGAAGCCUAGGAAAAAAGUUCCCAAGCAAUUGGGAGUUGUGGCUUUGAAUUCUCAUAAAUCUGAAAAAAAGAAGAAGAAGCUCUAUAAAGAUCCCCUUUCUCUAGAUGCCAUGAUAAGAAAAUUUCAGAAAGAGAAAGAAGCAUUAAAAAAGAAAGAGUCUAACUCCAAAACCCCAGUGACUAUGUUGACUUCCACUCUCAGCAAAUCCCCUUCAUCUGUAGCUACAGCAGUGGGAAAUGAAGUGUCAGACCUAAAUCUUAAUAGUGCUGACCCAGUCCUUUCCAUUUUUGGUAGCAGCAAUGAACAUGAACUACUUCAGGAGGCUGAAAAUGCCCUAGAGAUGCUUGGCGAUUUAGACUUUGACCGGCUCCUGGAUGCUACUUCCAAUGGUAGCCCAGUGUCUGAAUCAGGGGGAGAGAAUGGAAAUGCUCCCCAGCCAGCCCAUACCUCUCAGGUUCUUUUACCCAAGGUGGUACCCACCCUCCCAGAAGGUCUGCCAAUACGUCUUGAAAAACGCAUUGAAGAUCUCCGCAUAGCUGCCAAGCUUUUUGAUGAAGAAGGUAGGAAAAAAUUCUUCACACAGGAUAUGAACAACAUUCUACUGGACAUUGAGUUACAGUUACAGGAACAAAGCCCAGUCAUCCGAAGUGGAGUCUAUUCUCACCUUGAGGCUUUUGUGCCAUGUAAUAAAGACACACUGGUAAAACGUCUAAAGAAGCUGCACCUCAAUGUUCAGGAUGAUCGUUUAAGAGAACCAUUGCAAAAACUGAAAUUGGCUGUCAGCAAUGUCAUGCCUGAGCAACUAUUCAAGUAUCAGGAGGACUGCCAGGCUCGAAGUCAAGCUAAGUGUGUUAGGUCACAAAUAGAUGAGGAACGAGAUAGAAAUGGAUCCGAGGAUGAUGAUGAUGAUAAACCAGGAAAACGGGUCAUAGGACCAAGAAAAAAAUUCCACUGGGAUGAUACUAUUAGGGCUUUGUUAUGUAACCUUGUCAAGAUUAAGUUGGGAUGCUAUGAGCUAGAGACAAAUAAAAGCCAAUCUGCUGAGGAUUAUCUUAAGACCUUUAUGGAGACAGAAGUGAAACCAUUGUGGCCUAAGGGCUGGAUGCAGGCUAGAAUGCUCUUUAAGGAAAGCCGAAGUGUUCACAAUCAUCUCACUUCUGCUCCGGCAAAGAAAAAGGUUAUUCUACCACCUAAACCCAAAGUGAAGGACUGCAGUCCCAAAAAGGACCAGAAAAUAUCUGCAUCUUUAUUGUCUUCAGUUGGUGGUUCAUCAGUGAGCUCUAUUACUUCUGCUGUUGCCCCAACCAGUUCUAGCAGUACACCAGCCCAGGAAACUAUUUGCCUUGAUGAUUCACUAGAUGAAGACCUUUCUUUCCAUCCACCUUCACUGGAUUCUGUUUCUGAGGCAUUAGCUGUUAUCAAUAAUGGGACCAAGGGCCCUCCAGUUGGCUCUGGAAUAGGCAUACCAACCACAAGACCUCGCCCAGGACUUCGGGAAGAAAAAUUAGCAAGUAUCAUGAGCAAGCUUCCACUGGCUACUCCAAAAAAAAUAGAGUCAGCUCAGACUGCACAUUCAUCAAGUCUUAUUGCUGGCCAUACUGGACCAGUACCAAAGAAACCCCAGGACUUAGCUCACACUGGUAUCUCUUCAGGCCUUAUUGCUGGUUCUUCAAUUCAAAACCCUAAAGUUUCCUUAGAACCUUUGCCAGCCAGGCUUCUUCAGCAAGGACUCCAACGGUCAAGCCAAAUCCAAGCAUCUUCUUCACAGACCCAUGCUUCUUCCUCUGCCCAAGCCCAAGCUGCUGCCUCCUCUCAUGUUUUGGUGACUUCUUCAGAGGCCCAAGAAUCUUCCUCAGUAACACAAGUGACAAAGGUGCACCAGCAUUCAGCUGUCCAACAAAACUAUGUGUCCCCAUUACAAGCCACCAUUAGUAAAUCACAGACUAACCCAGUGGUCAAAUUAAGUAGUAAUCCCCAACUUUCUUGUUCAUCCCCACUCAUCAAGACUUCAGAUAAACCACUUGUAUAUCGACUUCCUUUAUCUAACCCCUCAUCUGGAAGUGGCUCCCAAGGGUCCCAUCCACUGGUCUCUCGGACAGCACCUAGCACCUCUACCUCUAGUAACUAUUUAGCCAAGGCCAUGGUGUCACAAGUUUCCACCCAGGGUUUCAAGUCUCCUUUUUCUAUGGCUGCAUCCCCUAAACCUGCUGCAUCCCCUAAACCCGCUGCAUCUCCUAAGCCUGUAACAUCACCCAAACCCUCUGCUUCACCCAAGCCUUCUGCCUCACCUAAGCCGUCCGCCUCACCCAAGCCCUCUGCUUCACCCAAACCUCCUGCUUCCCCCAAACCCUCUAUAUCAACUAAACCUUCUAUGUCAACUAAACUUAUCAUAUCUAAAUCAAAUCCAAGUUCCAAACCUACCGUAUCCCCCAGUUCUUCCAAUUCAAGUGCACUAGUAGCCCAGAGUAGCCACUCUACCAGUAACAAUCCAAUCCAUAAACAGCCCAGUGGAGUAAAUAUCAGCAGACAGUCUCCUACCUUGAAUUUACUGCCCUCUAGUCGCACGUCAGGCCUUCAGUCUGCAAAAAAUCUUCAGGCCUCUUCAAAAUUAACUAACCCAGCAUCCACUGGAACUGUUGGAAAGAAUAGCUUGAGUGGAAUUGUAAUGAAUGUACCUGCCAACAGAGGUGGCAAUCUUAAUUCGAGCGGAGCUAAUAGGACUAGUCUCUCUGGGGGGACCGGAAGUGGAACACAGGGUGCUACUAAACAGUUGUCUGCUCCACAUAGACCAUCCACUGCCUCAGGGUCUUCAGUUGUAACAGCCAGUGUACAGUCCACAGCAGGUGCAUCCUUAUUGGCUAAUGCCUCGCCUCUCACUCUCAUGACAUCACCACUGUCUGUAACAAAUCAAAAUGUGGCUCCUUUUGGGAUGCUAGGGGGCCUGGUUCCUGUCACCAUGCCCUUUCAGUUUCCUUUGGAGCUACUUAGCUUUGGAACCGACACAGCAGGAGUGACAACCACCUCGGGAUCUACCUCAGCCGCUUUCCACCAUAGCCUAACUCAGAAUAUGCUGAAAGGUUUACAGCCAGGAGCUCAGCAUACAACAUCACUUUCUCACUCACCUUUGCCUAGUCACCUACAGCAAGCUUACAAUGAUGGAGGCCAAAGUAAAGGGGACACUAAAUUACAACGGAAAACUCAGUGACUUCCCAGCUAGCAAAGGAUUUGGAACAUUUGAUUGGCUGAUGGGAUCUAACUGAUGGGAAAGUACUUAUGUGGUCACAGGGCUGCUGUUUCUGUCAAUGUUUACAUUCUCUCGUCCCAAGCACUGUGGUGAGGAGGAAAAGGAAAAGAAAAACAAUACUUGAUCAAAGCCAGGUGCAGGAGGAAGAAAGGCUUUUGAAUAGACUUAGAGACCUUGCUCUCUUCUACAGAAAGACAAAGUUACCAUGCUAACUGGCUUUAAAGCGAUUCAGUUGUCAAACCCACAGAAGUAUAAACUUGAUUUCCCCAGGGGAGGAAGAAGGAAUUUGAACAGAUUUGGGUGAAUUUCAUCCAUCCUGGGGGUUGGGGCCUGACCACUCUGGGUGCAGAUAUAAUUUCAUAAGAAGAGAAAAUAUUUUAGUCCAAUAUAUCUGAAAUUAGACCAGCUUUUCAGGAAUAAUGAUCUUGUCUGCUUGAGUGGCCUAUGCAGCAAAUAAUAAAUUUGCCACAGAGAACCCAUUAACAUGUCCAGUGUCUGAUACAGAUAGUAGUUGAAUACUAUAUCCUCAGAAAUCCUGAUCAAACUUGAACCUUCUUUACCGAUGCAGGAUCUCCAGCAUGUAGCAAUCCCUCCAUGUAGAACAGUAUACAAGGUGGACUGAGGAUGCUGCAGGAAAGAGGAAUAAUAAUAUUCUCAAAAAACUUAUUUUAGCACAGUGAUAUGUAGUAUUAAAUCAUCUAGAUUUUUUAAAGAUAAAAAGAAAAUGGAGUCUCUUUUGCUCUUAUCAGAUCAAAUGUAAAGAUUUUCCCUUUUUAUCAAAGGGUCACUUUCCCCUUAGACACAGGUACUUAAUGAAUUGCAGCUGGCAUUUUAUUUGUCUGCUAAUAACUGAUCAAUUCUUGAUUUCCACUCUUUUAAUAUAAUUUUACAUUAUGAUAUUUUUCUUUUCUGAAAGGUGGGAGACCCUCAGGGACAAAGGUCCUGCUGUGGUGAGCCCAGUCCUUGCUAAUCUAAUAUUAUGACUGGUGAUUCUCAUUAACUUACAUUCACAUUAAUUAACAGAAUUCACUUUUUUCUUUUGGAUAGUGGUACUUCAGAUUAACUUUUGUUUUAGACAGUAAUCAGUGUAUUUAUUAUAUAAUAGUUCUUCGGUGGUCAUUUUGGGUAGCAGAUGUUUUGAGUGUUUUAUGUCUUCAUCAAAAAAUUAAUUCAUGGUUCCUAAGAGAACAGCAAAACUAGUAUCAUUAUGUAUAGUAAGGGAAUUUUGGUAAAGAUUUUCACAGCCCAUUUCUUCUGCCUAAAACUAGUUUAUUGUGAUUAAUGAGAAGCAGUCAAGAUCCUAAAGUCUCAUUAGCUAGAAGAGUCAAAUCUUAAGGUUUGAGAAUCUUUCACUGGUUAUGCUUCCAUAUGCAUACACCUUCAGUGGCACAGGAUUUUGAGUGGGCUCAUGGAGAAAAGGAUAUGAUUUGUUUGACUUGAUUGACUUUGGUUUUUGAUUUGAGCUUUAAAAAACAAACAACAUUGUUCUGUUAUUUUUGCUUGAAAUUUAGCUUUCUUAAAAGCCAUGUUUUUCAUAUUUUUAGCUGUGCUCAGAAGUAAAUCCACUUGUAUAAAUAAAUGACAGAUUAACCAAAAAUAAAAUCAUUCAUUACACAUUAGAACACUAACACAAAGAUUUCCUAUCUGUUAUUCAUGGGAAAUCAUGUCACACUUCAUUUAGGUUUGUAAAGAUACAUAUACUAGCCCAGACCCUGGUUUUCCUUAAUAUAAAAAGUUCGUUGUAGCCUAAAAAACUAUUAAAUCACAUUUGGAUCUGGAUUUUUGACUUUGAAAGUCACAUUGACUUUGCAUUAUGACAAAAGAAAUAAUUUUUAAAUGAGUAACUGAAAAUUUUAUUGUUUAAAAUUUGAUCAUAGGCUAAGGAAAAAGUAAAUUUAAACUGAUUGAUGAAGGCUUCGAUUUGCUUAGGUUUUUGUUGUUGUUCGGUCAUUUUAUUUUGAUCUUGUCCUACUCUUCAUGACCCCAUUUGGGGUUUUCUUGGCAAAGAUUUUGGAGUGGUUUGCUUAUUAGGUUACCAUGACGCAAAUGUGAGUGUUUUGUCGACUGUAGUAGGCAUUUUGGAUGAAGUUGCUGUGAGGGGCACUAGGGCUAGAUUAACUCAACUUGUUUUGUUUUGGCUAAAUUUUUAUUGGAGAUAUUUUCCCACUAUUUCAUUCAUUCUAGUAUUUUCAGCAUUUUGUUCACAUUUACUAAACAGUGGAAAAAAGGAAAUCAGUUUAAAGAAUUUCUGUAUUUGUAUCUAUUUGAAUGAAUAUUAUGAAAUUUUUGUUUUAAGGAUAGCUAUCUGUGAUAAAGAUUAGGGCUUUGAGGUGUUAACUGAGUUUGCUACUUCUCUUAAUUGUGCCAUGACUAAAAUGACUAAAAUUCUUCACUUCAAAUUUCAUAGUAGAAACACUGUAAUACUCCUAUUUCUUAAUUAACUAAUUGUUAAAUCAUGCUGUAUUGAUCUUUGAUGACUUUCCUGUGUCCGCCUGACAAUAGGAUUAUGAAUUCUUUUCCUUGAUAUUAUUUCAUACCCACUAAGAUAAGUAUCUCUAUGAAGAAUCCUUUUUUUAGGGGAUCAGAAACAUUCAGGGUUCAUUUUAUUCAUUCUUUAAUCUUUCUGGGACUCUUCUGAGAUCUUUGAUUUUUUUAAAAGUCAUUAUCAAAGUACUUCACAGUUUUGUUCUGUUUCCCCACUUUCUAAAAUAUAAUAGAAGAUAAGUCAAAAGGCUAGUGCAUAUCUAGAUAUUUAAUUAGAAAUUUCUGCCCAGAGAUAAAACACAUUUUUGUGUUUAGAUUACAGUGUUGGAGAUUACCCCCAUAUUUGUACUGUGUGUCAUAAUUGAAAAGUUGUUUGGUUCAUUUGACUCAUUUUCAGCACAAGUGCAUAGAGACUUGUGGACUAGACUGUACUUUUGUACUUAAGCAAGGAUCAAAUUUUGUGAUUUUUAAUAUGUUUAAUUACUGGAAAGGUUAUUAGUAGACUCCACAUUUCUUUGAAGGGAAGAGUAUAUUUCUGUAAGAAUGAAAGCAACGCCCCAAUGCAAAAGGAGAGUUAUUAGCACAUUUAACUGAAUCUCACUCAGCAGGGUUCUUGUUUCAGGAAGACUAAACUGCUUAUUUUCAACUGUCUUAUAUUUUUAAUGGCCUUCAAUGAUAUAUAAGCUGUUAUUGUACAUAAAAAGAAAUCCUCAGUAUUCACAAGCAAUAAUAGCCAGUACAGCUGCCACUUGACAGAGCAGCACUGAGCUUAAGAUUGGGGACUGUACGGGAGCAAAGUGUCAAGCUCACUCAGAGCCUCCAAAAUAAUGCAAGCAAUAAUGUCCAAGAUAACCCUAUAAUAAUGCCUUCUCAUAUACUCGAGAGAUCCAGAAAAAAUAAAAUUAAGAAUUUUCAAAACAACCUGAGAGAAAGAAGCCAGGUUAAUCCUGAAUUAUAGAAUUCCUUUCUCAGGAUCAGGAAGUCAGAUGAUCAUGUUUAUAAUGCUCUUCCAUGCCUACCACCCCUGUGAUGGAUGUUAGUAGCCCAAAUUGCUAUUAGUUUUGUUUUUUGUUUUUUUAUGAGGAAAGUUGGAUGGGGUUUAUUCUAUCAUCAAGUAAAGGGAAAAACAGAAUCAGUAGUAUGGAUGCUGUGGGUUUGACAUCUGUUUAGUAAAAAACUAUUAGAAGUGACUUUAAACCCAGGAUUUCCCCCCCCCCCCCCCAAAGCGGAUCUAAGUUGUUUACUACCCAGAGUCUGGGAAGGGCAAAUACCUUUACUCUCUUUCCUGUACUCAUUACCACACCCCCUUGGACUUCCACUUGGUACAAGACACUUUCUGGAAGUUAAAAUAGAGCUAUCCUUUAAUUGUCUCAGACUGCCAUUUAUUAAAAGAACUGUAUAUUUCUGGGGAUCAUCUUUUAGGACUCCAACUGUCUAUCACAUUUGCUGCUACAUUUGUAAAAUGAACUUUGACUGUAUUAGCAAACUUUAAUCUAGUUUACAGUUCUUUAUUUGGGAGGGGGGAUCAAUAUAGAAUUUUGUUCAUGGAUAGAAAUGGGAUGUUUUAUUUUGGAAUGUACCCUGAAAGCACAGUGGUCCCUCUAUUCUGUUUUUUUAUUGUUUGGAUUUUGAACUUAUUUUAAAAAGAUGGAAAUAGAAGAAUAAGAAAAAUCUGUAGUCAAACCAAACUUGAGAAAUCUCCCUAAGCUUCAGCUCCCCCAUUUCUACUGAACUGAAGUUGUCAAUAGGGUUACUUACCCAGGUUUGGUUUUUUUAAAUUAUUAUUCUUGUUUGUUUUUUAAUAAUGAAGCAGAAGACAAAUGCAGUAGGUAAAUGACUAAUGUUAUGCAAUUUUUAUUUUAUAAAAAUUUAAGGAGAAAAAAAGUAAAAUGUUGGUGAGUUUUAAUCAGUCUCCACAAAAUGCUUAUUAUUACCCCCCUCUAAGAUAUGCUCUGUUCAGGCCUUUGUCCUUUGUUAAGUGCCUUUUUUUUUCUUUUUUUCUUUUCCCUUUUGAAACUGUUCUCAGAGAUCCUAAAAUGCAGGCUGAAUGAAUAGUCAGGGAUUUGGGAAGAACUUGCCAAGGCGAUGUCAUGCUGGAAUACUCUUCCUUUUCCUAUAUGUGUGUGACCAUGUGCAUAAAAUGUUAAGAUAUAUAUAUAUGUAUAUAUACACACACAUAUAUAUAUAAUAUAUGUUACAUAUAUUACAUAUAUUAUAUACACACACAUAUACAUAUAUAUUAUAAAAAUUAGGAGCUGCAUCCUUUCUGAACACUCUCCUCCAACACUUUUGCUUUUAGGAAAUGGGUAAUCGAUAGAAGUGAGUAAUUGGGAAUCAUAUUUCCAGACAAUAACAACUGCUGGCUUUGAAUUUAUGCUUGUGAAUGUAUUUUAGAAAACAUUCAUAAAUCUAUUUCUGAUGAUUCCAUAUACGCACUUGUCACAAGUGGAAUGAAAACAAUAAACUUACUUUCUACUCCUGGAUAUUGGGUUGUAUAGGCACUUCAGACUUUGCCAUGAGUAAUGUCCAAUUGUUAAAGUAUUGAAACCACAAGGAUAUAAAUUAAACUGAUUAGUAGGUACAUUUGAAUAUAGAGUAAAGCAAAACUAAAAUAAAAGUUAGAAUUGGGGUUUGAUACUUGAAUAUAGCCUCUGAAGAAAGUGAGUAUUUUUGUAAGCACUAUUUAUAAAAAAAAACAAAACUCUAAAUUCUGAAAAAUAGUGCUUAAUAAAUCCAUGUGGCUUACAUAUGUUUUUAAAAUUUAUAAAUUUACACCUAGGGAAGGUUCAGAAGAUGAAGACUGUAUAAUCACAUAUAUAGAACUCUACCUACAGCAUACUUAGAAGACUUUUUGGGUCUUUUAUUUACUUAUUUUUUUGACCAGCCAUUAUGUUGCUCUUGUUUCAGGACUAUUUUAGAAUUGUCCUUUGAUGCAAGAAGCACACAUGUCCCCAUAUCUAAAAUUUUUCUAUGUAGCCAUUAAAAACAAAGAAGCAUAGCUUAUUUUUUAUACAGGAAUUCAUUAUUUUGAGUUGAGGGCUUGAAAUUAAUUAAUUUGUGAAUCCAAUGUUUUCCUUCUCUGAUGUAGUCAAUAAGUACCCUUUUAACACUUUGACUUUGGGAAAAACUAAGGGUGAGGAGAGGAAAAAAGGAGCAAUCCCUGGUAGUAGUAUUUAGUAAGAACAGAUAUCAGGUCUCCUGGGUUCAUUCAUAAGCAUUGCCAUUGGUUUAUUGUGUUUAGGGGAAAAUCAUUAACCUUCGUGCCUCAGAUUACCCAUCAGAAAAUUGGGUAUAAUAAUCUUCACCUACCUCCCAGGGAUAUCAUGAAAGUUUAAUAUUUCAAAAGAAUUUUUAGUUUCUCUAAAAUGCCCUACAUAAGUAUAAAAUGUUAUUACCAUUUUCUUAUAAAGGCUAAAUAACUAUUCCCCCAUAAUGGGUCUAAAAAUACCAUAACAUUUUUAACAUUUUGAAAAAUCAGUGGAAGUCUAAUUUAGACACCAAUUUGAUAUUUUAAUACACUCUCUUCUCUUUAUUCCUGGUGAGAAAAAAUAUUUAUGUUCAAACUGGUAACACAUUUUUUGAUUGAUUGCACAAUAAGUGGUAUCAUGUAUCUGAAUAGUGUCCUGUUUUUGUAAAAGUGGUGGUGAAAGUAGAUCUGAGUUUGGGAAGCCCCAAAUUCAUUUUUAAACUAUUACAUAAUCUGAUUAUUUUAUAAAGAUUAAAACUAUUUCUUUUUUUAAAAUAGAAUGUACAACAGUGACACUGUAUUCUACUGCUUCCUGUAACUGAAUUGUCAAUACCACAAGUUAAUCUUGCCAUUAAAACAAGAUGGCUUUGGCUACUGAGCUGAGACAUGACAAUUGAAUUGAAAGCCUAUAAUGCCUGGCUUUGGGGGUUAAUGGUGAUCUUGAAAGGUGGCUAUUUUCUUCCUCUAGAGCUAAUUUUAUCAGACCAAACAUCUUUUUUUAGAGAUUGGUAGAAUUUUAGCUUUAAAGAUGAGAAGAAUUUGGGAGACAUUUUAUAAUGGAACUUUCUAGGAAUGAACAAAAUGAUUCUUAGUUCUUCUAUACAUGAAUCAAAUAUCAUGCUCUCCUGUAAUAGUUUUUUUGGGUGGGUAGAAUGCUUAGCCCUCUUUGCACUGAAGUGGCAAGCAUGACCCAGAGACACUUUGUUAUUGUAUUUUGUCAGGUGCAUAGCCAGCUCUAUACACUCCCAUCUCCACUGGUGACAAGGUUCUGCUUCACUGUUCUCAGAAAAGCCCAAGAAUGUGUUGCAUUGGCUAUGUGGGACACAGGAAUGUGGGAGAGAGGUAGAGGAGGUAUUCCUCUCUUGUCACGAGUAGGGAAAUGUAUGUUUUCCCAACUCCUAGAAGAAAAUCAAAUCAUGUUUUUCUUUUUUUCCUCAUCCCUAUUUUUUGAAUAGCAAAUAUGUUUCUAAUCAUCCUAAAAAUCCAGUAGGAAGUAUGAAUUUAAGCAACAGUAUAAAAUGCUGAGUAAGUGCCAGUAGGGCAUGUUUGUAGAUUUCAGAUUGUAGCUCUUGAUCAGGAUCAGUCAAGAGAGUUAAGGAGAUGAGGAAUAGACUGUCUAGCCGAAAUAAAUCAGGAGAGAGAGAGAGAGCACCCAGGCCCAAGUCAAGCAAAGCAUCUGGUUUAGCUUGCAGUUUGCUAUGGACCAAUUAGUUUGUUUCAACCAAUUAAAAACUGAUCUUUCUUAGUUUGUUUUGUUGCUUUUUUUUUUCCAGAUAAAGCCUUAGUUGUCAUUAAUAUCAACUAUGCAGAUAAAUGAUGUAUUCUUUGUUUCCCAGUAUUAUACAACUUUUUCCUCUUUUCCCAUUCCUCAAACAACAUGUUAGACUUCUACCCAAAGAAUUAAGGCAAAAGAUUUUGUUGAAUGUGUAUUCUUCAAGAAAAAGAGAGAAAUUCUGUUUUGUUUAACCUUGAAAUGUGAACUUUGUAUUAAAAAAAAACAAAAUGCAAACCCUUUCACUGGUGCCAGACUGUAGUUAAUAUCAUAAAAUGGCUUUGGAAUGUUGAGCUAAAAAACAAGUGGAAUGUUUAAUACUAAUUGUGUUUUACAUAACGAGGCAUACAAUUUUCUUUGAAACUGAAUCAAGAAGCCAGAGUUUUGGUUCUUUAUAACUCUGAUUUGGAAAUAGCUUUGGAAACUGAAUCCAUUCUUGCAUCUAUUCUCCCAUCAGUCCACAUUUUCAUAUUUUCUUUUUUUUUCACAUUUUCAUAUUUUCUAAUCCUUGUUGUAAUUAAGUCCAUUAGUUCAACUGUCAUAUUUUUUCUCCAGAAUGAAAAUUUAACAACCUACUUUCUUAUCAUUCAAUUCCAAAGCAAAUACUAGGGUCUAAAAUAUAAUUUUUUUUAAAUUGUGUUUGCAUCUUAGUGGAGGAACUUGUAAAGAUUCUAAUGCUAAAGCAUCAUAUUGGGAGACCAGAACUGAUUUUUUUUUAAAGUUCAUAAAAAAAACUAUUUCAACAAAUCAGGCUAUAUUCAUAUACCCUAAAGUGAAAUUGUAUGCUCUCUCAUGUCCUUAAAUAUCAAUUGUUGCAAGGUAAAUUUUUGUGAUAGAAACCUAUACUUUGGUUUUAUCUCAUAUCCUACUGUUUUUACUCCUUUCUACUUUUAAUAUAUUUCCAUUUCAUAGUAUAUCAGUACUUCUGGCUCUUUUCCAAGCUGUUAGCCAAACAUAUCAAGUAUGCCUAUUGAAAAGAGAGUUGAUGUAAUUAUGUAGGUGUUGGUGUCCAGGAUUUAAAGAAAUUACUUGGUCUCCAUGAGUGACUAGAACUUUAUUUUCUAUUACUAUAAAGCAAAUAGCAGAUUUCUCGGGUGUUAUAGGGUAGUGAUAGUGACCUCUUUUGUCCCAGAGAACAUAGUUUGCAGGUGUAUUCUUUUCUCAGAAAUUGAGGUACAGUUUUUUAUGGAAACUUACUGAUCUCAAAGUUCUGCUUCCAGGCCUUCCUGGAAAUGGGUAGGAUUACUUGAGUCUCUGUUUUUAGAGAUCUGGCUCCACAGACCUGUUAAGGCCCUCAGAGCUAGCUGAUUUUUCCCUAGUUCAGACAUCCCUUUAUUAUUACAUAGUUAUAAUGGUGACAUAUGUGUUGAAUUGGAAUAUUUUUAGUUAGCUUUCUAAAUAAAUUAUUCUAUGAAAACCUAAUGAAAGGAAAAAUAAGAUACUAUUAUCCCAGGGCAGGUUGAAAAUAAUUUUCUUUUUGAAGCCUAUAGAUUUAUUAUAUUAUUAACAUCUUCAAAACAUAUUUUGAAGUCUACACCACCAAAGGUAAGCAGGCUGGCCACGUCUUUAUAAUGUGGCAACUCCUCCAAUUGGCCAGUAUACUCAAUUUCGACUUUCACAUUCAACCUGUCCCCUACUUCCAGAAUUGUUCCCAAUUCCUUUUUAAUUCUGUUUUGGCUCAGAUAAUUGUCUAGACCAUUAAUAUCUCCUUCAGUAUAAAUCUAAGAUGACAUUCUUUGAUGGAAACCUCUUCUCUUAGCAGUCACUGUUUCAUUUAAUUGACUAGUUGGAAAUUUGAACACUAGCUUUCUGUUACAAUAUAUUUUAGCCUGGUUAUACCUACAUAAUUUCAUAUACCUCAAUGAGCUCCAUCAGUUUAGCAAAGAAUCUUUGCAACAAUAGAGUUUACCAACUUUCAAAAUUAGGGAAUGUAACUCGUAUCCUCUACCCACUCACUAGCCAAUUUACCAGUGAAAGGGUUUAAACUGCAGUAUCCUUUGUUUACUACCACUUUAAAAUUUUCUCAGAAUUUAACUGUAGUCUAUCAAAAGUAGCAAAAGUAGCAAAUUACUCUCCAACAAAUGAGAAUAUGCAAAGCUGGAGGACUUUCCCAGGUGUUUCGCCUGUCUAUAGUUGUCAAGUUUAACUGUAAGACUGAAGAAAUGAAAUCUCUGGCUGGUGAACAGUUAUUUUUGCCCCAGCUUACAAAUGUUUGUUUUGGAACUGCACAUCUAUAUAUUACAAUUGCUUUGAAAUAAUUCUCCUACUCAGAUUUUUUAUUCAGGGCCAGCUAAUAUCCCUACCCCUCAAGUAUGAGAACUGAUUGGUGGGGAGGGGAGCCUUUGCUUAGUGAUAGAAAAGCAGGAUGUUCUUCAUGAUGCCCUUUUUUCAGAGAAACUUGCCUCCAGUAUACAUAUUCCUCUUUCUCCAGCCACCUCCACACUUUGUAUAUGAUACCAGCAUGCUUAAAAUCAAUUUUGAAGGAAGGGGCCUGAAUAAUCUAUUGCAGCUGCUCUUGUUGAUAGGCACUAAUGACUAUAUUGUGUUUGUUUAUUAGGGAGAUGCAUUUGCUAACUUGAAGGGAUACUGUAAUUCUAAACAAAUGUGUGACUUAAUAUUUUGUUUUUAUUUUUUUCUCUCCUUUAAAAACUGGACCUGAACACAAGUUUUGAGUUGAUUUUUGUAAUAAUCUCAGGACCUGAAAGAUUGUAGCAUUUAGUGUGUCUUAAAAAUUAUGUACUGUACCAGCCAUGGAUUUUUGUAAAUACACCCGUCUCCCUUUUUUGUAUUAUUUUAGUAAAAAAAAAAAUUUUAAAUAAGGGGGGGUGGUGGUGAUUUGUGUAUUUGUAUGGGUGUGGGGUGUGUGUGUGUGCGUGUAUAAGGCUCUUUUCAAGACAACCUGGUGCUUGCUUAAUUUCCAGCUCUCUUUAGAGUGGGAAUAUGAACAAACUGCUGCUACUAAACCCCUGCACUGAGCAUAGGUAUUUCCAUUUUGUCCCUUUGAAUAGUUGAUUGGUUGCUACUAGAUUUUUACUAGGAAGUUAAACCUCCUCUUCCUACUACCCCACUGCCACCUGCAUUUUUAGUUUUGCAGGAUAGAACCUAACCCUUCGGAAGCAUGAUAUUAAAUAUCUCCUCUAAUAAAGAUUUCUUCUGGUUUCACAAAAUAGUCAUAUUGUACUGUUUUCAAAGAUGUACUUGUAAGAACUUUUCUUAUUUUAUAAAACUUUAGUUAUCCUCCCAUAACAUUCUAGUGUCUUUUAAGUGGGGCAAGAGGGCUUGAACAUUCCUAAAUGCAAACCUCAAAAAGUAAUAAAUUGACUCUAUGGAUAUGUCCCAACAGUGCAGGGAUUUUAUUUUAUUUUAUUUUUAUUUUUAUUUUUUUGGCAACAGCCUUGCUCAUAUUCCAGAUGUAGCUAGCAGUUCCCUGUUUUAAAAACAGGAGCCUUAUUUGAUUCAGCUAUAGAUGUUUCCUGUCCUUCCAUUUGUGGCAGGGCCCUUUUAUCUGAGUGUUCCUUUUUUUUUUCUUUUAUACGUGUCAUGUGUCUGUGUUGUAUUAAAAUAAAAAGGAAUGUACAUAUUA